UUUCAAAAUUUAUUUCAAAAAUAGAACGUGAUAUGGAGUGACGUUUCAACGACUUUUUUACAAUAUUUAUAAUUUUAUUUUGUUAUUUUAUAGCGUCGUUUACCCACAAAUGAGUGUAAAAUUAUGAGCUUUUGACAAAAACAGAAUAUCAACACAGAAUGGCAAGAUGUCGGCGGAGGCGAAAAAUGUGCAAAACCCGAUGCCGUAGCAGAUCCGGACGGUUCAAGCGUUGCCGAUCCGGCGACCGGCGCUACCCGGUGCGGCAGUGCGGCUGCCGGAGUCGGAGACGGCGCUCGUGCCGCCGCCGCCGCAGACGCUGCGGUGGACGCCGACCAGGCAGACCACGUUACAAUUGGCGCUGCCGGUCGCGUUCAGGCUCCUUCAAGCGCUGCCGGCGCUGCGACAGGCGCUACAAGCUGCGCAAGCGGUCCUUGUCGGUUUAGAGCAAGGUACUGUUCGACGUGAUCAAAAUUUCAGUGCUUUUGUAAAAAUAUACAAAAUUUAUAAAAAACA